AUUUCAAAUUUCGAACGGCUGACGGGCUGUCAAGUAUUGUUAUGAAUGCACUAUGCACUAGUGUAUUUAUUUAUGUUUUAAUUUGUUUUCCACGCAUUAAACGACAAUGAGUGAGACAAAACUUAGUAGUGAUGAAGUGCCUGAAAGAUUUGCGGACUGGCUACUGGCAAUGGGUUGUCCCCCUGAAAAAGUACCGACAGUGGACAAAAUCUCACAGAUGUGCCGUGGAACAUACUAUUUAGUGUGGCGCAGUCUUAUGGAACAGGUAGAAUCAAAAGACAUCAUAAAACAGAAGAGACUGCAAGUUUUCGCUGAUGAUGUGAGGAGGUGUAAGAAAAAGAAUCUAUUUACAGAACAUGACACUAAUGUGCUGAUACCACCAGAGCUCACAUUAUGGCGACAGCAAACUGAAGUGCGGCAGAAGGUGCUGGAAGCCGAGAGCCGCAUCAGUGAAGCUAAGAGAGACCUUAGUGAGAUUAUGGACAAGGUGUCUAGCAAAAUGUCCCAACGCAACCUGGCCCGUCAGCGAGUACAAGACCUGCAGCGAAGAGGCUGGCUCCUCCAACUCCUCGCAGAGGAGCUCCGCACCAAGAAGCAGGGCCUUGUUGAGACCCGUGCUAUAGCCGAGGAGAUGUGCGCUGUACAUGACCAUACUGAUGUCCAGCCUAAACUAGACAGAUGUCUGUCCUCCCAACGCCGCCAGCCGGCCGCGGCCACCGUGGCGUCCUCCACCAUGAUCAGCAACAGCAGUGGAAACGUACCUAACAACGGCGAUUUGGAAGAGGAGCACAUAAGUCAGCUAGUGGCGUGCCGCGGCGACGCGCUGUGGGCGGAGCUGUACGCGCGUCGAGCAGCUCUUGUGAAUUCAUUGAGCAGCAGAGGAGAGCCCACAGUGGACAAUAACCGGCCAUGUUUCCAAGCGGUCCUAAGCGAAACUGCAGCACUACAAUGCACUUUGACACUAGAAGCGUUCAAGUGUCGUGAAAUGACGCGGCUGGCUCAACAACGUCUGGCACAAGCUGUAGAUGCUUUGAACAGUGAACUAACUGGCGAAUCCUGCGAGCUCCUAGUGCUCCGGUGCGAGCGCGCGCGAACAGAGGCGCGAGUGCUCGCGCUGCGCGACGCCCUGCGCCUAGUGACGGCGGCCGAGGGGCUGUUCGCCACCACACACGCCGAGCCGCAACCCGCACACAACCAGAUACAUAAGAUUGAUAAAGCUAUUGAAUCCAAAAGAGACGAAAUUAAAAACGUCAUCUCGUCUCUAGCUGCAACAGACAGGAAGAUACAGAACGUGAGAGAAUGUCUAUCAACCAUUUUCAGUGGUUUCCGCAACGAUGCACCGGACGCUAAUAUCAGCUACACCAGAGGCCUCCAGCUUGACCUGCCCUCGGACUCCAUAGCAAGUCUCCGUCAGUUCUACGAGAAGAGACGCUCGCGAGCCAAGAUGGAACUGAGCAUGGAAUUCGACGUCUCGGAAAAUUCAUUCGACGACCAAUCAGAUCUGAGCAACGCACGGUUCAUUGACGAGCUGAGAAUAUACUUGAAGAAAUUCAAUCUGGAGAAAAACAGGAAACUUGUUUUAGAAAGCGGCGAAAAAAUCUGGAUAUUCGAAACGCUCCGAUCCGCCGCUUCCCGACUACAUGCUCGCUGGCUCACCGCCGACGUCGCCAGCGGGCUUACGUGCCCGUCGCAGUCUCUUCCACACAACGUACUGAGUCUUAUCACGGCUGUCAAUCACAAGGCUAGGCUGCGGAGCGUGGGGCACAAUGAGACAGACUUCCAUACCAAUGUUGACAUCAACAAACACGUUGAGGAAGAAGACCAAAUUAUAGAUAAAAUAAAGAAACGCCUCGACGAGAACCUUCGCAGCCUCCAGAAGACCAGCAAAACUCUAGACCAAGGGAAAGAGAACCUUAAUCUAUGGUCGAAUAACCAGUUCAAAAACUAUAUAUCGCAUCAGAGGACGGUAGACGGCAAGACGUAUAAGGCUUAUGAGGCUUACUAUUUGGAGGCGUUGAGCUUCUAAAAGCUAUCUUUAUGGCAAACUGUUUCGGAAGGUUGUUAGAGUUAGACCAAGCUAAGUUAGCAGCGAUUUUAUACCCAGACGAUGCAAAUGUUAUUUUAAGAGUAAUGUAUUAAAGUGUUCUUUUUUAUAAAUUAUAAUAAAUGGAUAAAAAUAUCA